AUCGACUACCACACAGAUACACCGGCCGUCCCUCACAACCAUGGUUCAUUUUCAAUCAUUGGCGCUUCCUGCCAUCUUCGCAGCAGGAGCCGCUGCUAAGCCGCUCUACCGACAACAACAGGUCGAAAGCGCCAACAUCACCACACCCAACAUCGACAUCACAAUCGCAGAUAACAACAACGUCACCAACAGCGCAGCCACCGUCUUCCUCCGCAACCAAACAACAAUCUCCUACCGGUGGGACACAGGCUACGACCUCUCCGACGUCCAAGUCCUCAAAGUCGACGAAGACAUCCCCGAGCUCACCGUCCUCUCUGCCUCCUCCACCAACAUCUCUUCCUCCAGUUCCCGCCUCCAAUCCUCCAAUGAAUCCACCAUCGCCGAACUCGCCCCUUACAUCCCUGACUCCAACUCCACCUCCAACCUCCUCUCCAAACUCCGCCGUUGGAUCAAUGGCCCCGACGACCGCGAACUCUACGUCAACCCCAACUGGCCCUGGCGCAACGCCGGCCGCCUCUACUGGUCCAACGGCGUGGUCUGCUCCGGCUCCCUCGUCGGCCCACGCCACAUCUUGACAGCAAAACACUGCGUCGUCUCCGGCGCGACAGGGACCUUCUCCCCGGGUUACGACAACGGUCCGCAAUUCGGCUCCGCGGCGAUUACGAACAUCAUCGUCAAUUCCGUCCCUGGAGGAAACGCGUGUGGUGUGAAGAACGACUGGGCCAUCAUGAUUCUCGAUAAUAACAACCGACUAGGAGAGAAGUUGGGCUACUUUGGCGUGCGGUUGCCGAAUAAGGAUAGGCUGGGGUGGAAUGGGCUUACGACGUUGGGGUACCCCGGUGAUCGAUCGGGGACGCAGCAGCCGUAUCGCGUGUUGAGGAAUGAGUUGCUGGCGGAUAAACCUUGGGAUUGUGAUGCGGAGGGGCCGAUGUACACGGAUACGGAUGUGAGCGGAGGGCAGAGUGGGGGUGCGUUGUGGGAGAGGGAGGGGGAUGCGAGGUACGUUUGGGGUGCGCUCAGCGUUAGUAUUACGGACGGGAGUGAGGCGUGGGCGGGGUGGGCGGGGGGGAGUGGGAUGUUGAAUAGUGUUGCGAAGAUGAGGGAGCAGUUUCCUUAG